ACCAGACAAAGAUUCCCGAAAGGAGGUAAUAGUAUAUAUCCGGCCACCCUCCCUAGACGAGUUUUUUCAGUAUUUAAGGUGGCCGAGGACUGCUGGGUUAAGGAGGCUAGAAACUGGUGCUUUUAAUCAACAAAUAAACUAUUCAUGGAGGUAAUGCAACAAUUUAACGGCGAGGUCGCCGGGGGCAGACAAAUGGAGUCUUCGUUCUUGGCGGACGUGCCGGCAGCGUGGCGGCCGGGUGAUGAGGAGGUCACGACAGUUGUCGAUAAUAAUGUACUCGUCGCCGAAGUAGUGAAUAACGGUGAGCACAAAACUGAAGCGCCGAUGAUGAAUUAUGGAAGUGCAGUUGAAGAAGAAGAAGAAGGAAGGGUGGUCUUCAAUGGCGAAACAAGAUCUCACAAACUACCGUUCGUUUAUCCUGACCAUGAUGGAGGAGCCGAAAUUGAAGGCGCCCAAAUAAGCUCAAACUCUUCUGCUGAAAUUGGAAACGUUGGGGAAAUUCAGAGUCUUGUGAGCGCCACCUUGAGGGGCACAGUAGACGCCGGAGACUCGGUCGGGCCGGCGGAGGACGAGGAUGAAGUAAUAGAGCUGGAGUUCUUCGACAGCAGAGCAGUAGACAAGCUGCACACCACGCAUGACGCGUAUUGCCCAAACUGCAGAAGCCCCAUUUCCAAGGUUGUUCUGAGGAUUAAGCGGGAAAGAAGGAGGGUUGAUCCGCCCCCUAAUCCGGAGAAAAAGCUCGAUUUGCUUGGUUGUCUGACAUGCUUUCGAGUUUUCCUCCCUUCGAGAUCAGAAGAAGCAGAUGAAAGCAAUGGGAACCCUGUAGAGAAACAGGAACCAAGCAGUGCAUUGCCUGAUGCAGGGAAGUGCUUUGACCUGCAUUGGAUUUUUGGGCAGAGAUCAAGAACAUCAAAUCCACAGGCAUCUGUCACAUCUCAACCGCAACCAUCUCAUUCUGACCAAGGGAAGAAGAAGCCAGGCGAUGCACAUACACAGGGUAGUAGUGCUGCUAGUACUUCAUCACAUUCCCAUGAUUCAAAUAGAACUCAGAAUGCUCCUACUCCUUCACGAAAGGAAAUCGAGACUCCAUCACCCGAAAUGAAUGGGGAUGCAGCUAAACAGAAAUUCAAGCACGAUGGGCAGGACUAUGCAAAAGCGGCUGGGAGUUCUGCAGAAAGAAAUUUUGUCGUGGGAGAAGGGCAUUCAGGGAAGAAGAAACCAGGCAAUGUACAUAUACAGGGUAGCAGUGCUGCUAAUACUUCAUCGCCUCCCCAUGAUUCAAGUGGAACUCAGGAUGCUCCUACUCCUUCACAAAAGGAAAUUGAGACCCCAUCACCCGAAAUGAAUGGGGAUGCAGCUAAACAGAAACUCAAGCAUGAUCUGCAGUACUACGCAAAAGCGGAGGGGAGUUCUGCCGAAAGAAAUUUCGUCGUGGGAGAAGGGCAUUCAGGUGCAUGGAUGGUAGAUUCUAAGAAACAAGAACCUGAAAUUAGAGACGAGAAGAACGGAAGCUUUACAAAUAUUAAAGGACGAGACGUACAAAUUCAAAUUGAUGAAAGCACAAAUGAAGCAAGAACUUCAACCUGCAUGCAAGAUCCUAUACAAGUGACCGGAAAAAGUGGUUCACAAUCAAUAGAGGUGGUCAAGAGCAUAGUGUAUGGAGGCCUAGCUGAGUCAAUCACAAGCUUAAGUCUGGUUUCUUCAGCUGCUGCCUCUGGUGCCACCACACUGAAUGUUUUGACUAUUGGAGUGGCAAAUCUCAUAGGCGGUCUUGUAAUCAUGGCACACAAUUUUUUGGACUUGCAUAGCAAUCGCCCUGCUGAAGAGUACCAAGAAGUAUUAGGCCAAAGAAAAGACUUUCCACUUCAUCUCAUUGUUGCAGUAUUGUCAUACCUCACCUUUGGCCUCACCCCACCUGCCAUCUACGGAUUUGCGUUUCAUGAGAGAGACGAUAGAGACAUGAAGCUUUUAGUGGUUGCAGUGGCUUCUUUUGUGUGCAUCAUUUUUCUGGCCAUUGGAAGAGCUUACACCCGCAGAGCAAAUACGUUUAAGGAUUAUUUGCUGACUGUACUGCAAUACAUUGUUGUUGCAGCUAUGGCUUCUGGUGUUGCUUAUGCAGUGGGUCAUUUGUUUGGGAGGCUGAUGGAUGAACUCGGCUGGUUUGACUCAGCCCCAACCACCCCAAGCAGCGGUCUUCUUCUUUCUAAUGUUCAUUUGGAACAUCCAAACUGGGAUUCAUAUUGAUUCUUGUAAUCAUGAUUGGUCAUGCUUCCAUCUUCCAGGAUUCCGUCUCCAAGCUGUUCCAGUGUUUUCCUUGAGGAAUAUUGUUAUUAAACUUGGGAUUCCAAUAGUUCAAUUUUUUUAUAUGGAUUUGUAGUAUUAUACUCCUUCCCUAUUUAUUUAUUUAUUUAUUUUGUAUUCCUUGUGACAUAAAUGAAGUCUCAUUUCAUCAUUUGUUGAAAAAAAUCUUAUCAGUUUCCUC